AUGACGACCAGUGUAUUCUUCAAUUUCGAGCAGUUGCCCCAGCCGAGUUAUCAUUGUUGGAGCUUCGGGACGAGCAGCAGCCAGUACGAGUACCCGACGCCGCCGAGCUCCAAUGAGCAGCACGCUGAGAUGAACAGCAGUCGUCCAAACUCCAACCUCCGCAAGAACAGCAUGGACCUGCCCGACGAGGAGAAGGUGGACAUGAGCAGCUUCGCCCUGCUGCGGGUCCUGGGCAAGGGCGCCUACGGAAAAGUCUACUUGGUCCGCAAGGUCGGCGGCAAGGAUCACGGCACCAUCUACGCGAUGAAGGUGCUCCGGAAAACGCGGGUAAUCUCGAAGCCGAAAACCCUCGAGCACACGAUGGCCGAGCGGCAGGUGCUGGAGAAGCUCAGAGGGGUCCCGUUUCUCGUCAACCUCUUCUAUGCCUUCCAGACCGACACUAAAUUACAUAUCGUAAUGGAAUACGUCCGUGGUGGCGAGCUAUUCACCCACCUCUGCAGUCGAGGGCACUUUGACGUCCCGGCCGCGCGGGUCAUCGUCGCCGAGUUGAUCGUGGCCAUUGAUAAUUUGCAUAAAAAAAACAUUAUCUACCGGGACCUGAAGCUGGAGAACAUCUUGCUCGAUGAGGAGGGGCACGUGAAGCUGACAGACUUCGGCCUCAGCAAGCUGCUAAUCCCGGAAGAGGUGAUCAACCGACCGGAGGGCGGAUAUACGGAUGUGGUGGAUUGGUGGAGUCUGGGGGUCAUCACCUUCGAGCUCCUCACCGGCUGCUCCCCCUUUACCGUUGAUGGAGGCGGCAAUUCGAGCAAAGACAUUGCAAAACGAAUCCUGACGAAAAAGGUGCCGUUCCCGAAAAAUAUGGACAACGACGCGCGGAGCUUCAUCGGGGCCCUGCUGGAUAAGCAGCUCGAGAAGCGGCUUGGCUUUAAUGGCGUCCACGAGCUGAAGGAGCACCCCUUUCCUCAAGUCGAUCGACUGGGACCAGGCGGAGCGGCACGAGCUGAAGCCGGCCAUCGUGCCGAACAGUUCACCAACCAGCCGCCGCUCUACUCGCCCGCCGACGCGCCCAUCAACUCGAACCAGUUGUUUAGGGGCUACUCCUACAUCUCGCCGUCGGUGAUGUUCGCCAACAACAACGUCAUCGGGGAGGAGCUGAUGGAGGAGGACGUCCAGGACCUCCUCAAGAAUUCCCCCUUCUUCAACAAGUACAAGCUCGACACCACCGACCAGGGCUUCCUCGGCAAGGGCUCCUUUUCGGUGUGCCGGAGAUGCACACGGAACUCUGACGGUGCUGUGUUUGCCGUCAAGAUCAUCUCCCAGAAGUUUGCCUCCCAGGCACAGCGAGAAGCCGCGAUUCUGCAGAUGGUUAGAGGGCAUGUAAACAUUGUCCACAUGGAGGAGAUGCUCUCGGAUUCACUGCACUUCUACAUCAUCAUGGAGCUGCUGGCCGGCCAGGAGUUGUUGAUGAGAAUACGACGCCUUCAACAAUUCACCGAGUGCGAAGCGUCCGGCAUCAUGAAGCAGCUCGUCAUCGCCGUCUCGUUUUUGCACUCCAAGCGGAUCGUGCACAGGGAUUUGAAGCCGGAGAACAUCCUCUUCGAAAGCGACGACCCCGAGGCGAAGCUUCGACUUGUCGACUUCGGCUUUGCCCGCCUGCUGCCAAAUUCGAUCGAGCAGCAGCUGAAGACCCCGUGCUACUCGCUACAGUACGCGGCGCCGGAGGUGCUUGACAUUGGCGACUCGCUGCCCGAGUACAACGAGCAGUGCGACCUCUGGUCACUUGGCGUCAUUUUGUUCACAAUGCUGUCCGGGCAGGUGCCGUUCCGGGCCCGGUCCAAAACCGAGUCGGCCACCGACAUCAUGGAGCGCAUUCGAGCGGCGUCAUUUUCGUUCGAGUCGGAAUCGUGGAAAAGUGUUAGCUCGGAGGCGAAGGAGCUGAUCACUGGCCUCCUCACCGUUGAUCCGAAAAAGCGGCUGACGAUGGACAAACUGAUCCGACACCCUUGGCUCAACGCCAACUCUAUCAACACCCCGCUACAAACCCCAUCCAUUUUGCCCUCACAUGCAGACCAAUCCUUCAACGAGAUGCUCCAGGCCUUCCUGUCAGCAAACCGGGACGGAUUUCACCUACUCGACGUCGCCGCGGCCCCGCUUCUGAAGCGACGCCUGGGGCAGAAACGCCAGAGUGGCGACGGGCCGACAGCAGGCUCGGCUAAGAGGCAGCCGAUUUUUGAGCCGGUGCCCGAGGGUGAGGAGUCGAGCUCGGUCGGCCGGCCGACGACGCUCGGGCUGGCCAGCCCGGAUGCACUGCUUGCUUACAGAGAUCCCCUCCCCGGCACCCUUCGCGAGACCCGCGAUUCCAACGAGUCG